GGGCAGAAGGAAAGGUGCAUUUUGCAAAAAAUACCAAGAAAAUGGAGAGAAACGUCAAAUGUCAAAAAUAUUUUACGUACGUACUUGUGUUGUACUUGUCUUGUCUCUAGAGCAAAAUUUGUGAUUUCAAUAAUUUUUGUUGUGUUUUUUUAAAUACUUCUUACAUAAAAGUGAAAUAAAAUCUACAUAAGAUUGUAAUAAGUUAUUAAUUUAGUAGUUCAAGUAUUAUGUGAUUGUUGUUAAUAAUUAUUUUCAAGUUAAAAUGUCUGAAAAGCCACCGAUUUUGCACAUUUUAGUUGUUGGAUUCCACCACAAACUCGGCUGUCAGGUUGAAUUUUCGUAUCCGCCUCUCAUUGUUGACACAGAAGGCAAAAAUGAGUGCCCCUCCGGUUGGAAAUAUCUACCAACUCUUGCAUUGCCAGAUGGAUCGCAUAAUUAUCUUGAAGAUACUGUCUUUUUUAAUUUGCCAAGUUUAUUGGACCCAACUGAGAGUAUAUUUGGUGUAUCUUGCUAUAGGCAAAUACCAGUUGAGAAACUGAAAAUUCGCACAGCAGAUGUAACCAGAAGUACUGUUCAAAAAUCAGUGUGUAUUUUGUCACGCCUCCCCAUCUACGGAUACAUAGAAGUGAAACUAUCUCUCAUUGCUGACGCAUUCUUCGACCAAGGUGACUUCUCAUGUACAGACAUUCUAGUCAAAGCCUACAACCAGCUGAAUGCUUGCCUCGUUGAAGAACCCCGAGCAUUGCGCCACUUUUAUGUUGGCAUUUCAUUGCGGGAGAUCGUCCUUAAAUGGCGGCACAAGACGUUGAUAUUGUUUAAAUUGUUUCUACUGCAACGUCGCGUCGUAUUCUCUGCAUCACCCGUUCGAGGCAUGUGUUGUUUGAUCUUGGGAAUAUCAUCGCUAAUACCACGUCUGUUGGAGAAAGGCUUUCAAGAAGUCGCCUGCGUUCGAACAUCACGCCCGAUGUCCCCGAUGCCAGACUUUUCCAACGCUCAAACAAAUGACGAUGACAAUAGCAAAAUAGAAAACGUUUUGCCGGAACCAACAAUCGAAGAAGAGAAUGGCUGUGCUAUCAAUCAUCCCACGAAUGAGAAACUGGGCGAAAUAAGUGAAAGCAUCUCAUCUUCAUCGUCUCCCGUCAAGAGCAGCCCUGAAUCGAAUCGGGAGUUUGUUCGAACCGAUUCGAAUGGAGCCGAAAUUGGAAAGCGAAUAGAUCGAAGUAAUUCUUUGACUCGUGAAACUAGUAUGGAUACAUUAGAAUCCAAUAUGUCCGCAAUGUCAUCUAUUAACCCUGAUGAAUAUCGUUCGCCAAUUACCAUCUUCGCUAGUGGAAAUCUUUGCUUGCCAUACCUUUCGUUGCCAUACAUGGAUCUUCUAUCGGAUCCGUCUGUUCUCAGCUAUGUCAUUGGAACUUCAAAUGUUCUAUUUCAACAGAAACGUAAUUUGGCCGAUAUACAAGUUGAUGUUGAAAAUUGCACAAUAGAAGCCAAUGAUCCCGACCUUCGGAAGCAACUCUCCCUAACAACUGAGGACCUUCGCUUUAUGGAAUAUUUAAUGCGUCAUGUCCAGAAUCCCAAAGAAGAUGCCCAAGGCAGUGAAUUCUGGAUACGGGAACAAUUCCAAGGUUACAUGUUAUCGCUGCUUCGUACUGCUGUGAUGCAAGAUAGCCCAAAAGAUUGUGAUCAUUUCAAUAGUAAUUAUAUGUCAACCUUCAAAAGAACACAAUGUUUUCAAGAGUGGUACGAUGUUCGACCAGACCCAAGUUUCUUCGAAAAUCUACCUUCUGGUCACUUAUUUGCAGGGACGCUUUCUUACAAUGAUAUGAGAAAUAAAAUUGCACAUUCCAUGCAAAAUAGUGAAAGUGGGCGAAAAAUAAAUCUAGCAGUGACUUCAACAAGUAAAGCAGUUGGAGGUGCAAUCUCACAAGCCAAAGGUGCAUUAUCAAAUUGGUGGUCUUCGGUAACAACAGCUCCCCCAGCAGUAACAGUCUUAAAUCAGCCACAAAACUCAGCAAUAUUUCAUACUGAUAGUUCGGAUGCCGAAAUCAACGAAGCCGACAGUGAAAAAGCUAAUUCUCCAAAUAAAAAGAUUAUCCCAAUAAAUGAGUUAUCGGAAAGCUCAAGAACCGAUAAAUUAGAUAGUGCUGAAGAAAGUGUAGAGGACGAAAGGCACAUUAAAAACGAAGGCAUUGUUGAGAUUGCCAAAGAAGCUGAAUUGUUGGAUGCCAAUAACAGCAGCAGUAAUAGCGGAACAAGACAAAACGGAGAUGUUUUUGUGGUAUAAUUAAUAUAUAUUAUUAAAAAAAUGUUAUGGUAUUGUCUGUUUCGCCUUGGGAAGAGAGUCAGACAGAAAAGUGCAACAAAGGAGUGAAUUAAACAUUUUUAUAUAAAUUCAAACACAAAAUAAGCACAGAAAUUAAUUUUCAGAAUAAAUGUUAUUUGUAUUUUGUCAUCAAAUUCAAACCACACUGAAUCCCAAGUAAAGAUUUAUUUUUUAAUAUUCUAAGUGUUGCCUCUUUGUUGCUCUGGUUUGUCCCAAGGCUUUAUAAUUGCCACUUUGUAAUAAGUCAAACAUCUAGAUAUUAUUUGUUAUAAACAAUUUUCAGUAAAUUGCAUAGGUACAUAUAUUAAUUCAUUGAACCAUAUAAAUAAAUAUAUAAGUUCAUACAAAUUCAAAACUGGGAAAUGCAAUAAAUAAUAGAACACACAUAGGCCCUUAUUACGAGAAGCGAAUUAAAAGUUCGACUUAAAGCGAACGUUUGAGAAAUCUAAUAUGAAGCAAAAUUGAGAUGGGUUAACAUUUUUUUUUUUCAAAAAAAAGUUGUUUUUUGAAGUGAAUAUGAAAAUGGGAUUCGCCAAAUGAGUGAUUUUGAAUACGUUCGCUUUCAGUCGAAUGUUCGAUUCGCAAUUAUAUUUAUUAAAAAUCAACAAUCAGUCUUUUUGGUUCUAUAAAUAAAAGUAGUAUACCAGUGUUUUUUGUACAUUGAUAUGAUUAUUGUGUUUUUCUUCUUAUGCGUGUCUUUGUCCCACAACCAAAAAAAAGUUUUUGUAAUGGUAAAGAUCUCCUUAAUUUGAAUCUCGCCCUUCAGUUUUUCUAUAACAUUAAGUUUUUUAAAAAAUGUCCCUUUAAAAAUGCUAAAAACAACUAAAAGUUAAGUUAAGGUUAAGUUAAAACCAAAAAUAUCCCUUAACAGCACAUUUUAUGAUGAUUUCCAAAUUACCAAUCUUUCUCUUUUUGAUACGAUUUAAAUCAUUUAGAGUCUUACUUAGUUUCAAAAAAUUCUCAUUAGUUAACUCUAUAUGAAGUUUUGGGGAAACCUUGAAUUUGAUACUUUCAUAGUUUUGAAAAAUCCGUUUGGACUUAAAUUUUUUGUGUUGAUUUUGAAUCCAAACUUUUUUAAUAUAUUUCAAUAAAAUUGUUGAUUUGUUACAAGAAUAAAACUUAGUUUCAAAAUGUUUUGCCUUUUUCUAUUGAAACCCGUUUUAGGGCUUUGGCGUUCUUUCAAAUUUUUGUAAGGCAGGUGAAAUCUAACAACUUAUGAAGCUUUGUUCGAAAAUUAUAUGAAAUAAUACAAAUAUUUUAACUCAAUAUUGAAGAAAACAAUUAUAGAUUCGGAGAAACAUGA